ACGGGAGGCGCGCCGCCCGCACCCGCACCCCGGCGUCCGGCCUGAGCGGACCGCGCCGCGCAGCCACCCUGUCCUGGGCUUGGGUUUGGCUUGCAGAUCUUCUUAAUGGAAGCGAUGUCUCCACAGCAGGAUGCUCUAGGGGGGCAGCCCGGGCGCUCCUCCUCGCUGACUGGGAUGUCUCGCAUCGCGGGAGGCCCCGGCACCAAGAAGAAAAUGAAAACACUAGCAGAAAGGAGGAGGAGUGCCCCAUCUCUUAUCCUGGACAAAGCCUUACAGAAGCGGCCAAGCACCAGAGACAGUCAUUCUGCUAGCAUUGACACGUGUGCAUUUCUGUCAUCAUUCAUGUGCUCCAGUAGGACUCUGCUGAUUGAUGGUCCAGUGGAACUUAAAAGAGGCCUGCAGAGGCAGGAGCGGCAUCUUUUCCUAUUCAAUGAUCUGUUUGUUGCAGCCAAAAUCAAAUAUAACAACAAUUUUAAGAUAAAAAAUAAAAUAAAGUUGACUGACAUGUGGACAGCAAGCUGUGUGGACGAAGUGGGAGAAGGCAACACGAACGCUCUGAAGUCCUUCGUCCUGGGCUGGCCCACGGUGAACUUUGUGGCCACUUUCAGCUCUCCAGAACAAAAGGACAAAUGGCUCUCUCUCCUUCAGAGAUACAUCACUCUAGAAAAAGAGAAGGACUACCCGAAGAGCAUUCCCCUCAAAAUCUUCGCCAAGGACAUUGGGAAUUGUGCCUAUUUUAAAACCAUAACAGUAAUGAAUUCAGACACAGCAAAUGAAGUUAUCAACAUGUCGCUACAAAUGUUAGGGAUAACUGGCUCUGAGAGAGAUUACCAGCUGUGGGUGAAUUCUGGCAAAGAAGCCGCACCAUACCCACUUAUCGGACACGAGUAUCCUUAUGGAAUUAAAAUGAGCCAUCUCCGAGACACUGCCCUUCUGACACAGGGAUCAAAAGACUCCGCCACCCCGUCCCAGCUCCAAGAGCCUUUCCUCAUGGAACAGCUGCCCCGAGAGAUGCAGUGCCAGUUCAUCUUGAAACCCAGCCGCCUGGCAAUGGCCCAGCAACUGAGCGAUUCUGGCCAGAAGACAUUUAAAAGGAGGCGCUCUAUCAUCAGCUGGGCUUUCUGGCGGGGUUCCAGCACUCACCUGGACAGCCUGCCCAUGUCACCAACAUCCCCUAUGCCAGGACAGCUCUUUGGCGUUUCUUUACCAGAUAUUUGUGAGAAUGACAAUCUGCCAAAACCUAUCUUGGACAUGCUUUCCUUCCUUAAUCAAAAAGGCCCUCUCACAAAAGGCAUCUUCAGGCAGUCAGCCAAUGUGAAGUCCUGCAGAGAGUUAAAAGAGAAACUGAAUUCUGGGAUUGAAGUCCACCUUGACUGUGAAUCUAUCUUUGUGAUCGCAUCUGUGCUAAAGGAUUUUCUAAGAAAUAUACCAGAAAGUAUUUUCUCAUCAGAUCUGUAUGAUCACUGGGUUUGUGUAAUGGAUCAAGGAAAUGAUGAAGAAAAAAUUAAUAUAAUUCAAAGGCUAUUAGAUCAGCUUCCCAGAGCCAAUGUUGUUUUCCUAAGGUAUCUGUUUGGGGUAUUACACAACAUUGAACAACAUUCCUUAUCUAAUCAGAUGACUGCAUUUAACUUAGCAGUGUGUAUCGCUCCAAGCAUUCUUUGGCCUCCUACUUCCUCCAGCCCAGAACUAGAAAAUGAAUUUACAAAAAAGGUUUCCCUUCUUAUACAAUUUCUGAUUGAAAACUGCUGUAGAAUAUUUGGAGAAGAAAUCACUUCUCUCCUGGGGGAGCUUUCUGAGAUCAGCGACAGUAGAGAACACACCUCAGAUAUGUCUUGCUUCCAAAUGAACGACUCUUCCUACGACAGCCUGGAAAAUGAGCUCAAUGAGGAUGCGGAUGCUCCGUGCAGUGACCUAGUGAAAAAACUUGGCCAGGGUAGCAGAAGCAUGGACUCUGUCCUAACCCUCAGUGACUAUGACCUCGAACAGCCUGAGGUGGAAGGUCUUUUAACCCUGAGUGAUUUUGACUUAGAUCGGUCUAAAGAUGAACACAUUCAAACGAAACAACCUCUGGAGUCCAAGCCAGUGAAUGUUUUCGUAGCCUACAGGAAGGUCUCCCUGGGGGAACACACUAGAGCUCCUGUGGGCCCAGCUACCCCCAGCUGCCUGCCUGCAGCUGCACUAGAUGCCCCCAAAGUCCUGCGGCGGCACCGGCGCUGCUCAGAACCCAGCAUCGACUACUUAGACACAAAGCUUUCCUAUCUCCGGGAAUUUUACCAGAAAAAGCUACGCAAGUCCAGCUGCGAUGCUGUGCUUUCUAGAAAGGAUGAGGAUUAUCUAAAGCAGACCCAGUCCCUGAAGAAAGGCGGCAAGACAUGUUUGAAGCAGAGUUCAGUCUCAGGCACUGACAUCAGCAAGAAAAAUGCUACUAAUGAAAACAUUAAGAGGAAAAGCUUGUCUGGUCAUGAAGGAAACCAAGUGACACCUUUCACUAAGUCCAAGCCAGUGGCCAUUUCCGUGGCAUCUUACAGUCACAUGUCCUCCCAGGAUCAUUCCAGGAAACAACCCUUAGAUGCAGAUACCUGCAGACUCUCCCCACCACCCACAGCAGACACCAGGAAGAGCUCACGGGUACAUCGGCGCUGUUCGGAACCCAGCAUAGAUGAUCAAAACUGCAAACUGUCCUAUCUCAGGGGGAUCUAUUCCAAGCAACAACAUAAACCCAGCUGUGAGACAGGCCUCUUGCAUGGAGAAGAGGAUUAUCUCAGAAGGCACAAGUCUUUGCAGAUGGAGGGGCAAAAACUCAUUAACCAGAGCCUGGUCAUGGGGAUUGAGGUGGGGAAGAGCAGUGGCACACACCAAAGCACUGACAAAGCUUUGCCCCCAAGACUAAACCUUUGCCCAAGAGCUAGCUAUUCUAGUUUAUCCUCCCCAGGCACAUCCCCAUCCGGCUCCUCAGUAAGCUCCCAGGACAGCGCUUUCUCUCAGAUCUCUGAGCACUCUGUGUUUACUCCCACCGAAACCUCCUCUCCAAUAGAUUGCACUUUCCAGACUCAGAGAAAACAGGAAGAGCUGUCUUCUGACUUUACCAGUCUUGUACCUGGGAUGCCCAGCCCCUCCACGGGGCAGGCCAGCAGCCACCUGGCUUAUUUAAGAAAGGGCACCAUAGAGCAACCAUCACAAUUGCAUUCUGUAACUCUGCACCCCAGCGCAUGGUUGAGAAGUGGUUUGGUCACUUUGAAAAACUGGUCUCUCAAAAAGAAAACAAAAGCAGCUAGACCAGAAGACAGGAAACUCAGUUUCCUGAAAGAACCUUUGGAGUUACCUCCACAUGCUUCUGGUACUCCAGAGGCUGACUGUCUGCAAGAGAGUCAGGAUGAUAUACACCUAAGGGCGGAUCAAGGACCUGGAGCUAUGCAGUCAACCCAUGGGUGCAGUUCUGAUGCCUGGCCAGACUCAGAGCAACAGUCCUGUUCUCCAUUGCACCUGCUGGAAAGCAGGCUCAAGCUUUGUGUGAAGUUGCAGGAAGGCGAAGAGAGCAGAGGGCAGCACCCUUCUGACAGCCCUUGGGAAGGAGCCUCAGCAAACCUUGGGAAUGUGGAGGAUGCGGCCAGCCCAGACACAGAGCCUACAAUAUUUGCGAUGAUGGGGACAGACACGUAACCAAAGACAGUUACCCACAAUAAGAAUCUGUAUCAAAAUCAACAAUCCAGUGUCUUUAAGAACAGGAACUGGGCUAAUAAAAUCAAGACCCCUUUCAUAGGAUACCUGGGGGUAGGUAGCACAAGGACAAUCAUUGCUAAUAUGACCGUUUCUUUGUUGAGAUUAUGUGGCAAAAUUUGCUUAAAAAGUUUAAUCAUCUGAAGUUCUGAAAGGCUUUUCCUAUUAAAGCAUGGGCUAGUCCUUUUCUGGGACAUUAAGAUACCGACAGAAGGAUAAAAGAAAUGUUCUUCAUUUAAGCGUGCUUGUGUAAGCAGUCUGUGAGUUCGCUGUCCAGAAGGACCAGAGUACCUUGAAUGAUGCAUCAGUGAUACACAGAGGAAUAGUAGAGAGAAGCCAUCUUUAUGCCAUGGAAUAAGCAGACAAGAAAAGGGCCACUGAGUCAUGCAGAAAAGUGUGACCAGUCACUGAGGAAAUCAUCUAAAACCUGUCCCCGAAUCUAAGGCAGUGGUUUGUCCUAGUCAUGUGACUUCAGAGUUAUUUUAGGGACCAACUCAGUGAUAAAGGCAGAACUGUGGGUACCAUGACAGCACAGCUUUGCAAUUGGGUGGUUUGGUGAAUUGUUUGUUUUCUGGUAGGGUUGAAUUUAUUCACAUCCUUCAGAAGUGUCGAUGUAAAGACAAAGAAGGAAAUGUUUGCUCACUUUGAUGUCCUUCCCACACAGUGCCUGUGCUAAAAACAUGUAUUUUGGAGAUGCAUCUUAUCCCUAUUUAGAAUGUGCCCUGUUGACAAGAUUCGCUCUAGUAGAUUAAAAAAAAAGCCAUAUCAGAAUUAGAGAAAUGAUUCUACAAUUUUCCCUGGCUGACUCAUGUCAGAGGCAAUGCUUCAUUUAAACUAAAGAUGCCAUGUUUUGUGCCGUGUUGGUAGCAACAUUUAUGUAAUUGAGAAAGCUUCUUAUUGUGCUGAUAUCAGUAAGAAAAUGCAUGUAGAGAUGUAUCUAAUCAGAAAGUUGGAUCCUUCAAUACUUAAGAUGUCACAGAAAGGGCCGCUGACUUAGACUUAAUGACAGAUUAUCAUGUGAAACUUUACACCUCAUUUUGAUUAAUGAUGGUUCCCUGCAUCAACACUGCCUUCCUGGUUCCACAAGUAUCAUUUAUCAAUACGGCAUCUCUGUGGAGAUGUUCCUCUACAGCACUGCUUGUUAGAGUACAGUCAGCCAAGAAGGACAAAAGAACAAUUGUUAAUUAUCCCCUCAUUCUAUAGAUUGCUAUUGAUUAGAAAUUGGCAGGAUGUAAGGUUAUGUUGCUGUUGGGAUGUCUCUGAUGCUCACUGUCUUUGGAUUUUCUUGUUGAAAUUUUCCAUCUUUUCCAAAUGGUUUGUGGUUUAUAAAUAUUAAAAGUUUAGGCCCCAGAAGUUUAUCAUGGACAUCUCUCUCUUUACAUUCAAGGCUACACCAGAAUAUCUCCUUUCCUAGGAGUAAGUCUCCUUCCCUAAGAGUAAGAUCUUGUCCACCAGGAUGAAAUGAAGGGACACAUCCUAAAUUAGAUGCGUAUCCUCCUUCAAGCUACUCACCUAUUAGAAGCUGCCUAGAGUCUAUGUAAUCUCAUGAAUCUACUGUAAAAAGGACAUUUCACUGAAAACCUAACUUAUCCCAAAUUAUGUUUCCUACCAGUCACCAGGAAACUCAUGACAGAUACUGCUCCCUUCUCCCAAACAUUACAUUGUCAGUUGUAGAAUAAGAACCUAUCUAUGUAUUAACUAUAGAAGUGCCACCUACCUCUCAGGGGCAUGGCCCUGUUUUCCCUAAUCAUAAUUAACUUUUAGAACUCUGUGUCCAAAGAGCUCCUUCAUGACACUGGCAGUCUCAAUCAGCUGUGAACUAGAGCCCACCUUGUAACCAUCCACUUCCAUAUGAAGACUCCUAAGUAUCCAUGUGUAUCUUUUGUAGUAUUACUAUAUAAAGUUAGCAGGACGACCCUUCUCUUUAGGGCAUACUACUGUCAGAACUGCAAGAUGUGAAUGAAGAUCUUAUGGCUUAGAAUGUGUCUCUGAAAGAAAUGCCUCCUGAAAAAACUAAAGAGUUCUGGCUUCUUUUUUUCUUUUCAUAAUGGCCAGUAGAAAAUUGUCCACCCAGUUCAAAGCAUAGAAGAAAAUAGUUAGCAAGGUUCUCCACCAACCAUUCCGACUCUUGUUUCCUUAGAUGCUCCCACGAUACUUAAUGUGAAUAGUCUGUUAAUAUUGCUGUAAAGUAUUAUAUGAUUUGAAGACAGACAUGUCAUUUUAUUAGACUCCAUCAAUCUAUAAUAUAUUAGACUGAUUCUUUAUCUCAAAUGCUAUGAGUUUGUAUAAUAUAUCUUGACAAAUUUUAUUACUGUGUUAUGUAACAAAUGUGUAUUUUUGUACCUUGCAGAAACUGCUGCUAACUUUUAAAUUGUUUGGUUUUCAAGGCACUGAUAAUGGGCAUGUACAAAGUCCAUGCUGUCUGUUAAAUAAAAUGUCAUCCUGCA